AUGAGUAGGGGGAUUUCGUGGAUCGUCUUCGGUCCCUUCCGAUUGGACCUUUUGACAAAUUCUCGACAGCCCCAAGACCUGACAUCUUUGGAACCGCGAACACGAGGUUUGAAGCAUGGAUCAGGUUUGGUUAAUUUUUACCUCUUACUCGAGCACAGAAGAACUGCGAUUAGACUUUUAUUUCAGCGGAAUAGCCCUCGAGUCUGGUUAGAAACCGUUCAAUCGUUAUAUAUAGAUCCAACAUUUAGUUUCUUUGUUAUUAAGGAUUUUCGAACGUACCAACUUCCAGCUUUGAAGAAAGAAUCGCAAGCAAAGCUUAAGGAUGUCAGGCAGAAGCAGUGCGCUGAAUGA